AGCAAGAGAAUGAGGCUCUGUUGUGUAAAGUGGAUGAGAUGGAGAGAGCAAAGAUCUCUGCCCAGGAGAAGCUGAGCUUGUGUGAAAGAACAAAGAGCGAGCUCUGUGCAGAGAAAGGCCACCUGGAGCAGCUGCUGAAGAAAGCAGAGGAGCAACAAGAGGAGCUGCGGGUAGAGCUGGGGGUCCUGGCAGAGGAGAAGGAAGAAGCCCAAGAGAAACUCCUUGAGGUUUCCCGCCAGCAAGAGUCGUCUCGCAGUGGCCUGGAGCAGUUGCGCCAGGAGUCCUCUCGCCAAGGGCACGCGCUGGCCGAGGUGUGCGCAGAGAAGGAGUUGCUGGUGCGGGAGAAGGCUGCCCUGGAGGUGCGACUGGCAGCCCUGGAGCGGGAGAGACAAGGCCUUUCGGAGCACCAGAGGCUCCCGCAGAAAGUGUGGAGGGCCUUCUGUUUCUAA